AUGUGCCGACGAGGGAACUGACUGUCGAAAUUAUACGGCCGUUCUAUCAAUAGUUGUGCGCACAAGAGUAGAAAUCUGUAUUCGCCUUUGUUGGACGUGAUGAAUGUCUUGCAGUCCCAUCACACAGAAAUGGUCAAUAACGGUACUUGAGGAGACUGACGUCAUUGUGGCGGCACACAGUUGCAGAGAUGAAGGGCAGCACCGCAGGGGAGAAGCGAGGAGACAGCGGAGGGAGAGUGGAGAGGAAAAGCGAGAGGGGAGAAGAGCGGCAUGACUCAUGUAAUUGACUGUUGAUGACUUCAAACAUUGAGACACUUCAUGUACAGAUACAGGCACGCAUUCUCCCACGACAGCCAUCCGAAGCAACCAGGCAGAAAGACGAGCGCUAAAAAAACUCGCGCAUCUCCGCGAGACACGUGAGAGUGCUCGGGUACUUGUAAAGGAUUUUGUAUGUGUCCGAUAUUGUCGCUGCGAGCCGUUUCGCUGCUGGGGGAGGAUGUGUUUCCGGGACUUCUCAGUUAUAGCGCUUAACCGUGUAAGGAUGUGCUACAGCAGUCACGCUCGUGCCUCUAUGUCCGUCUCCCUCCAUCCGCAUCCCCGGCGACUCUGACGGCGCUGCCUGAAUAUUUUAUACGCUGCAUGCGGCCAGUAGGUCGCUAGGAGGUGGCGCAAUGCCAGGCCAGCUGCGCACGGCUGUACUCGCAUAUGCUGCACUGUUUCUGGGCUCGUGUCAGGACUGUGCAGGACUCCACGGCAGGACCCGAGGGGACCACGAUGCGCAGUCUUCCUCACUAUCAUCACCUGGUGGAGUGGGACAGCCUGUAGGAGUGUCCCGAGGCCCCCAAAACUACCGCUCAAAUCAUAGUAAAGACAUUAACGAUGACAUUAAUUCUGGCCCAACUGUGCCAAACUACCAGGGAAACCUCAGCUACCCCAGAGCCACAAACAAUAACAACAACACCAGCACCAGCAGCGAUGGCUCUGCAACUGUGAAAAGACCAAGCUUCACUGUUAGCGGCGAGGACCAGGGUGCGGACAGUGGGGCAACUCUGGUCUGUGCCUACAGGGUUUUGGAGACCGGAGGCGGGGACAAGCUGUGCUUCCGGGCCACACAGCACAGCUUUGCGUGCCAGAGCGGGGAGUGUCAGAAGGUGAGGUCUCCAGGGGGCCAGCUGGUGGCCAACGUGCUGUCCAACGGCAGCGUGCUAAUGCAGUGGGGGCACGGGAAAGGACAGAAACGUGAGCGGGCGCAGGAUGGGCCAAGAGGAGGGCGGGUUUCGUGGGCCGCAGAGGAGCAGGCAGGCGUACUGAAUGCGCCCGGUACAGAAGCUCCAGGAGAAACGGCGGAGUUUGGGGCAGGCAAGAAGAAGAGCCCUUUUGCUACGGGCAGAGCAGGGCCCAGAGGACGUGUCCAGCAGGGCGGGUUCGGGCUGAGCUGCUGGUGGAAUGGCAGCUACACGCAGUUCGAAUGCGCCGGCGUGCUUCUGGGGGCCAGCUGCAGGGAUUACUUGCUGAGCGAGCUGCACGAGAACGUCCCGUACCGGAUCUGUCUGCGUCCCCUUCUGCGUCAGCCCCUCCCUGGCAGCGGUGACCAUGGCGACGACCCUGGGGAAUGCGUGGAGUUCACCGUCUCGCCCUCGGGGAUGCAGGACAUUGUGAUCGCCAUGACGACUGUAGGAGGGGCCAUCUGUGUGAUGCUGGUCAUCAUCUGUCUGCUGGUCGCUUAUAUCACAGAAAAUAUCAUGAGCCCUGCUACACAGCACGCUCACACUGCUCCACGCUCUCAGCUCUCUGCACAUACACACUCCCAUCUCUGAGAGAGUCAUCUCACACACAAACACAGACCACUCAAAACUGUACAUCUUCUGAGAAAAUAAAGAGCAAAACCACACACCUCAGACAUGAUUUUACAGACACACACAUACUCACACACACACACACCUCCGAGACUACUGUUCUGCCCAGGACUUUAUUCUGUGGGUGUGCAUAUUUGUGUGUGUUUGUUUUUUCACUGUGUUUACAUCUCAGUCAAACAGGCUGUUUCCCGAUGUUAACUGUAAUAUGAUACUGUGUCAGAUAUGGUAGAUGGACACAUUAGAACUUAGAUGGAAACAUAACUUAGAGUGGCAGAGAAAUAUAUAAGUGUAUAGAUUUUAAUAAUGACUUAAAAGAAUCUGUGAAUAUAGACUGAUAUAGAAGUUGUGCUGAUAUGUUAGCUAGCACCGUAGGUCAAUCUCAUAACAGACCCUGUACUUUUAUGAGUUUAGUUAUGAUUAGCUCCCAUUGGUUCUGAGAAGUAUAGGUAGAGUAGGUUCUUAGGCAUUUAUUUACACUAGAAGUAGGUCUGGAACAAUCCUAUACUUUAAUAUUAGCACCCAAAACUAGACCGUCCAAAUAAUCUUAAAAGCAGAUUAAGACAAGCUGAAUGGAAACAGUGUAGGCAAAACCUUACUUUUCAUGACAGUUAUACUUGUACACUGCUGUAUGUAUCCUGGUUGGUUUGUAGUCUGUGCAAUACUGUUCUAUACUUCUGUAUACUGAACACCUUUCACACCAAAUAAAAGUUACAGAGAAAAAG